GACGGGCCGGGGCGGGGGAGCAGGAGCCGCGGUAAGAGCGGUCGGGGCCGGGUCGUCGGUGUCCGGGACCGGGGAGGCCGGGGACCGGAAGGGGUGGCAGGCCCGGGUCCGGCUGGGCCUGAGGCGUUCGGGUCCGAGGGGGCUGAGCAGAGCCGGUUACCCCCUGAGGGCCUCCGGGCACGGGGAAGCUGCGCUGGUGGUGUCCGGGCACGGAGGUCUGAUCUGACAGACCCUAGCCUGACCCGGAGGCCUGACGCAUGUGCUGAGCUCUCACUAUGAAUGCUAUUGUUGCCCUCUGCCACUUCUGUGAGCUCCACGGCCCUCGCACCCUCUUUUGUACUGAGGUUCUACACUCACCGCUCCCCCAAGGCGCGGGCAGCGGGGACAUCUCCGGGCAGAAUGAGCAGGCAGAAGAGGAAGAAGGUGGCAUUCAGAUGAGCAGCCGCAUCCGCUCGCACAGCCCAGCGGAAGGUGCCAGCGCUGACUCCAGCAGCCCAGGGCCGAAGAAGUCAGAUAUGUGUGAGGGUUGCCGCUCUCUUGCAGGAGGACAUCCUGGGUAUGUCAGCCACGACAAGGAAACGUCGAUCAAAUACGUCAGCCACCAGCACCCAAACCACCCCCAGCUCUUCAGCAUCGUGCGCCAGGCCUGUGUUCGCAGCCUGAGCUGUGAGGUCUGCCCAGGACGGGAAGGCCCUAUUUUUUUUGGAGAUGAACAGCAUGGUUUUGUGUUCAGCCACACCUUCUUUAUCAAAGACAGCCUGGCUCGAGGCUUCCAGCGCUGGUACAGCAUCAUCACCAUCAUGAUGGACCGGAUUUACCUCAUCAACUCCUGGCCUUUCUUGCUGGGAAAAAUCAGAGGCAUCAUUGAUGAGCUUCAGGGCAAAGCACUUAAGGUGUUUGAAGCAGAGCAGUACGGCUGCCCUCAGCGUGCGCAGCGGAUGAACACGGCCUUCACUCCCUUCCUGCACCAGCGGAAUGGCAACGCAGCCCGGUCCUUAACGUCACUGACCAACGAUGAAAACCUCUGGGCAUGUUUGCAUACAUCCUUUGCUUGGCUUUUGAAAGCUUGUGGCAGCCGACUUACUGAGAAGCUUCUGGAGGGAGCACCAACAGAAGACACCCUAGUUCAGAUGGAAAAACUUGCAGAUCUGAAGGAAGAGUCAGAAGGCUGGGAUGGUUCUGAGGAAGAAGAGAAACCUUCUUCCCAGGCAGAUGCUGUGGAAGGGCAAGAACUAUCUAAAUGCUCACCUGAAACAUCCCUGAUGCCAGAUUGCAACAGCUGGAAUGUAGCUCACAGAAGGUUGUCUGUCUUUCGCUCUCUCAGGCACAUGAGGCAGGUUCUGGGGGCAUCAGCAUUCCGCAUGUUGGCUUGGCAUGUUCUGAUGGGGAACCAGGUCAUCUGGAAAGCUCGAGAUACGGAUCUUGUCCAGUCUGCUUUUGAUGUGCUACGGACUAUGCUGCCUGUUGGUUGCGUGCGGAUCAUCCCCUACAGUGACCAGUAUGAAGAGGCGUAUCGGUGUAACUUCCUAGGGCUUAGCCCACACGUCCAAAUCCCAUCCCACAUCCUGUCAUCUGAGUUUGCGGUGCUUGUGGAAGUUCGUGCUGCAACCCGAUCCAGCCUCUACCCAGCGCUGUUUGAUGAGGAGCAGUCCCUCAACAAGUACGAGUUUGUUGUCACCAGCGGCAGCCCUGUGGCAGCAGAUCGAGUUGGUCCUACAAUCUUGAACAAGAUCGAAGCUGCCCUGACCAACCAGAACCUUUCUGUAGAUGUUGUGGAUCAGUGCCUUGUCUGCCUGAAGGAGGAGUGGAUGAACAAAGUGAAGGUCCUCUUCAAAUUCACUAAAGUGGACAGCAGACCCAAGGAGGAUACCCAAAAACUGCUGAGCAUCCUGGGCGCUGCUGAGGAGGACAACGUCAAGCUUCUCAAGUUCUGGAUGACUGGCUUGAGCAAGACAUACAAGUCCCACCUGAUGUCAACAGUUCGCAGCCCCACAUCCUCCGAGUCCAGGAACUAAAAGGUGCCCAACCUCACUUGCUGCCUUCAGAUAACCACAGGGACCCCGAGUUACCGCUGCUGAGCCCGCAGCAUGUGCAUCAGGUGGAUAGUGCCACUUCAUCACUGUUCUCCUGGUCCUCAGACUAACUUGAAGAGCCACUUGAGUCUUUUCUAAUUGCUGUGAGACUGGACUAAUACGUGCUAAUAAAUAGUGCUGCUGUCUGUCCUAAACUCAGCUCUGAACCUAGACCCGCACACUCGAGACUAAAGGGACACUCAAAGAAUCAGUGUGAGUUGAUUCAGAUCCCAUCCUGCCUCACUAAGCACUGUGGUGUGGCAGUAGAGCUCAGUUUUAGCUUUCCAUUGGCAACACUUGGCUACCUGUGACAACAUCCAGAUCUCCUGGGGAUGGAUACGGUUCAUCUCUCCAAAUCCCACAUAAAUCUCCUGAAUACCUGAGAAAACAAGAACCAAAAACCAAGUGACAACGUCACAGGGUCUGGAUCCACGUGUAAAUUAUUUCAAACCACUCUCUGUUUGGAUUUACAAGAGACUUCUUUUCUGCUGUAGCAUAAGUCAGGAUAUCCCAUUGGAGUCCUGUCGCUCCACUUUAUUUAUUUAUAUCUUAACUUGAGACAGUUUCAGCAUUUGCUUCGGAAACCUUGUUGAGGAGGGAGAAUUGUAAUAUAAGGAGUCUCUAAAAGCAGCCUGCUUGCCUCUCUAGAGGGUAAAACACUCGCCUUGUUUUGCCUGCAGUUGCAAAACUUCCAGGUAAUGAAGAUUACCUCGUCAGGAUCCGGUUGCUGGUGGUUUCCUAUCUCCAGAAAGAGUUUUCUAGCUUCCUAGUGAAGUUAAGCAGGAAAGAUCCAACCUGUAGGUGCUCCCUUAUCUAACUCUAUAGUAGCCAUUUUUUUGCUUAAUAGUUCAUGGAAACAUUGGUGCAUUUUUUUAAUGACCUAAACCAGAUUUUUUUUCCUUAUCUGUAUUGUAAGGAAUUACUGUUUCUGUUGUGAAGUCUUCGUUUUGUUGUUUCCUCUGGAUCAACGUUGGGAAAACUUGACAUUACCACAGACAUUUGUACCAAGCUAAAGGCAGGUUUUACCCAGGUGACCUUCUACACUCAUUCAAACAAGACUCGAGCUCAGAGGCGAUGUUCCAACUUGUCGUGAGUUCUGUUCUUAUAUAUAUAUAUAUAUAUAUAUAUAUAAAAUAUGCAGGUUGAUUUUUUUCUGUGUCUGGAACAUCUGUAAAAUGGAGACAGGCAUUAAAUCUCAGUAAGAGCUAUUUUUGUAAA